AUGCCGGCGUACAGAGAAGAGGCGAUCGGAGACUCCGACGACGAGAAUUAUGCUUCCACCAACUCUGAUUCACCGGUGGAGAAGGAGAAACAGAUAACUGUGGAUCCUCUGUCGCUGAAGCAGCUCGCAGAUGUGCGAGGUAAUCGUAUAUCCGACGGAGGUUCCGCCGCUAGUGAGGUGAAGUUUCUGCCUCCGCCGGUGCUCGUUCGGCCCAAGUUGGUCAGCUGCAGCCUCCCGAGUUCUGCCCUCUCCUCGCCAAAGAAGUGGAACUACCUCGACGACCAGGAACCUCCAGUGCCGGCCCGCUUCGCCUGGGCCGACCAAAAGGCCUCCCUCCGCCGGAGCAAGUCCUGCGGCGAAGGAAGAUCUUCUUCGCCGUCCGUCGAGUUCAUCGACAUCCUGUCAAGAAGACCAAGCAUUCAUCAACCUGAUGACGGAGUUCAUGUCGUCGACCACGACACAAGCGACGAUGACAGCAAGGAGGAGACUCCCCAACCAGUCCAUGCUCAACUAGAGGACGACCAAUUCAAGUGCUGGUGCUUGUUCUUGCCUGGCCUCUCCCACAGGAAGAAACAAGUAAUCCUGCAGCAAGCAAGCCAAGCGCAAUCGGGACACCUGCAGCUUCGCAAAGUCGUACCGCAGGGAUUCCAAGAUGCACGAGAGUCGGCAGCCAAGGUCAGGAUAAGCACGGUCUCGAAGGCGGCCUCCCUCGAGAAGUUCUCAUGCGGCUCGUGGUCUUCGUCUGCGCUACUAGGAAUCGACGGAGACGACGACGGCGGACACUCCUACUUCGACCUGCCAUUGGAGCUGAUCAAAAGCUGCCACGACGACGCCGACUCGCCGGUGAGGACAGCCUUCGUGUUCGACAAGGACUUGAAGGGGGUGCUGAAGAAGAGCACGUCGAAUCUGGCGUCGAGAAAGUCGCACGCUUCGUCGUCGAACCGCCACGUCCGGUUCUCCACCUCAGCACCGACGUCGUAUCCGGCAUCACCAUCCUCCACCUGCAUCACGCCCAGACUGCGGAGAGCAAGAGAGGAGUUCAACGCGUUGUUGGCAGCACAGAACGCUGCGUAG